AUGGGCAAGAAGAAGCGUGGCCACCCCGAUGUGGAAGAGCUGCUUGCUCGGCCAUGGUGCUACUACUGCGAGCGUGACUUUGAGGAUCUGAAGCUGCUCAUCUCUCACCAAAAGGCCAAGCACUUCAAAUGCGACCGCUGUGGUCGUCGACUCAAUACUGCUGGAGGUCUUUCUGUCCACAUGAAUCAAGUCCACAAGGAAUCCCUUUCCAGUGUCGAGAAUGCCCUUCCCAACCGACAAGGCCUCGAGGUCGAGAUCUUCGGAAUGGAAGGUGUGCCCGAGGACAUUGUGCAGCAGCACAACCAGCGCAUCAUUCAGAACUACUACCAGGCUCAAGCCGAGCGACACGCUGCUACCGGAAACCCCCCGCCGGGGCAGGGUCAGGGCUCUGCGAAGAAGAUCAAGGUCGAAUCGAAGGAUGAUCUCAAGAAGAGACUGGCUGAGCAUCGUGCAAGAUUAGCGGCUCAGAAGGCCUCCGGAGGUGCUAAUGGCAGCCACGGUAACACGCCGAGAGAUACUCAGAGUCCCGGCCAGAGCGCUAGCCCAGGCGCAUUUAACUCACCCUUCAGUGCACCCCCGCAACCCGGCUUCGAUUAUCCCCAGGGAUAUGGCCAGCCGGGCGUGCCCCCCCAAAAUUUCCCUCCGAACUACUCCCCGAAUGGUCCUCCCCCGCCAGGAGGCUUCAACACCUCCUUGCCUGCCCGACCGCCCAGCCUACCCUCCGCUCCCGGCCUACCACAGCGACCUGGCUACGCGGGCAACUACUACCCCGGAACAGGUGCGCCGGGUUUCCCCGGUGGCGCAUCUACUGUUGAUGAGCUUGUUGCUGGUGCAGCUCGCUCCGGCGAUGAUAUUGACCAGCUGAUCCGCAUGGCCGAAGCCGGCAUCAAAGUUCCUCUUAAGAAGGAGAAUGGAACACCGACAGAAGCUGCUCCCGCCGAACCCGCCGUGGAGAAGAAAUCUAAGAAGGACAAAGACAAGGGCAGGAUGAUAUACUCAGAUCCGGAGUUCAGUCCGGAGGAGAGGAUGGCUCAAAUGCCCAGGUACGCGUACGUCCCCUCCGCAGCCUAA